CCAACUUCUGCCAGAAACUCGGGUACCUGGCCCCUGCCCUGCGCCUGGCUCUGAACAGUCUGUUCUUGUUUACGACCCCCCGUCCCAGGGGAACGCGAUUGCUCAUCCCCACGUGUGAUCUGAGAGAGACAAAUCUUUGGUGCCUGGAGGAAACUCAAGCCCCGCCAGCAGCUUGGCUUCGGAAUGCUCAGCUGGUCCCCUCCUGGGGCUCAUGUGACCGAGGUACGGCUAUAAAUAUCAGAGGUACCUCAGACCAAGACAGAAAUCGGACGCCGGGAGAAGACAAAGAGGAUCGAGUGUGUGUGGGGCGAAGACAAGCCCUCCAGUUUCAUUUUGGUGACACGGGUGGAAGAGGCGGCCACAUCUCAAAGCAAUAUGGAUUAUAAAUCUAGCCUGAUUCCGGAUGGAAACGCCAUGGAGAACCUGGAGAAGCAGCUGAUCUGCCCCAUCUGCCUGGAGAUGUUUACCAAGCCUGUGGUCAUCCUACCCUGCCAGCACAACCUCUGCCGGAAGUGUGCCAACGACAUCUUCCAGGCUGCGAAUCCCUACUGGACCAACCGCGGUGGCUCGGUGUCCAUGUCGGGAGGUCGUUUCCGCUGCCCCUCGUGCCGCCACGAGGUGAUCAUGGACCGGCAUGGGGUGUACGGCCUACAGAGGAAUCUGCUGGUGGAGAACAUCAUUGACAUCUACAAGCAGGAGUGCUCCAGUCGGCCCCUGCAGAAAGGCAACCAUCCGAUGUGCAAGGAGCAUGAAGACGAGAAAAUCAACAUCUACUGCCUCACGUGUGAGGUGCCUACAUGCUCCUUGUGCAAGGUGUUCGGGGCCCACCAGGCCUGUGAGGUAGCCCCGCUGCAAAACAUCUUCCAGGGACAGAAGACUGAACUGAGUAACUGCAUCUCCAUGCUGGUGGCAGGGAACGACCGAGUGCAGACUAUCAUUUCUCAGCUGGAGGACUCCUGCCGAGUGACCAAGGAGAACAGCCACCAGGUGAAGGAGGAGCUGAGUCAGAAGUUUGAUGCCCUCUACGCCAUCUUGGACGAGAAGAAGAGCGAAUUGCUGCAGAGGAUCACGCAGGAGCAGGAAGAGAAGCUGAGCUUCAUCGAGGCCCUGAUCCUCCAGUACCGCGAACAGCUGGAAAAGUCCACCAAACUUGUGGAAACAGCCAUUCAGUCUCUGGACGAGCCUGGAGGGGCCACCUUCCUCUUGAGUGCCAAGCAACUCAUCAAGAGCAUUGUGGAAGCGUCCAAGGGCUGCCAGCUGGGGAAGACAGAGCAGGGCUUUGAAAGCAUGGACUACUUCACUGUGGAUCUAGAACACAUAGCAGAAGCCCUGAGGGCCAUCGACUUUGGGACAGAUGAGGACGAGGAGGAGUUUAUUGAAGACGAGGAGGAUCAGGAAGAGGGCGUGUCCACAGAGGGGAAAGAAGGACACCAGUGAGGAGCUGAAUGAGUAGACACCCUCUGGAUGCAGAGACCGGGGAGGCGGGUGACAGGCCCAUCUCGGGAGGGGGUUGGGGCUCGGGGCUCCUUGGGCGGCCAUAAUGGGGAAGUGUGUCUCCUCUGUUCAGAGAGCAGGGACUAGAGUAGGACCCCCCCACCGCUGUGUCCAGCAGUUGCUGAACCACGAUUGGAAACGUAUUCAAAAUGUCACAGGACACUUUUCUACGUUGGUGCAAAAUGAAAUAUUUUGUAUGUUUUUAAAAUGUGACUUUUGUAUCUACUUGUAUAUGUAUGCCAAUUUGGUGCUUUUUGUAUGAGAACUUUUGUAUGAUCACGCCUGGUCAUUGUGUGACUGGCGAUUGUCACAAAGAGGGAAGGAAGCCAAGGUAAUAGAGCUGCCCACUUCCCUUCCUUGGUGGGAGGGUGGGUCUCACUCAACAGCCUGGGAAGGGGCAAUGUACUGUAUUUCAGUGCCCGUCCCCAAAGACGGGGAGAGUACUGAGUUUGUGCUAUAUGUUGUUUUAAUAAAUGCACAGAGGGCUGGGCAUGGGGGCCCAAUACCCUUUCAUCCCAGCACUCCAACUGGAUCUCUGUGAGUUCGAGGCCAACCUGGUCUACAUGGGGAGUUCCAGACCAGCCAGGACUACAUAGAGAGCCUCUGUCUCAUAAAAUAAUAAUGAAAAAGAAUAAAAAAUAAACUUACAGCGCUUUUUUCAUGUAACUACAAAAGAGGUGUGACUUCAUUCAGCUUGAGUGCUUGUGUGUGUUGCUAACGAUGGAACUGAGGACCAUGAGGUAGUGGAUGAAAACUACCCUGACCUGCAGGGUGCCCCAACCCUCCUUUAGUCUGGUUUUCUUUGUUUGUUUUGAUUUGUUUCAUUUUGAGGAGAAAAGAAUUAAGAGUCAACCAGUCUGUAAUCCCUUUCCAGUCUCAGAGAGCAGUUCAGAGUCAGUUCAUCCACAGCCAAGCAGAACACAGGGCGACACAAACACUGGAAACAGAAAACAAAAGGAAGCUGACCUGGUGGCUCAGGCCUUUAAUCCCAGCACUUGGGAGGCAGAGGCAAGUGGAUCUCUGUGAGUUCGAGACCAGCCUGGUCUACAAGAGCUAGUUCCAGGA